UCUUCAUAGACAUAUAUUGUAUAACUCCAAAGGGCGCUUAGUGUAAAGAAAAAUACGAUGAUGUUUUUAUAUGCGGUCAUUGCAGCUACUUUUCAGUAGUCCUAAAUGUUUUAUUUGUCUGGAUGCUUUGGAGGAGUUUAAGUUACAAAUCGGAAAGGGGGAAACAGCAACAUGAAGGAAAAAUCCAAAAAUGCUGCACGGACUAGAAGGGAGAAAGAGAACAGUGAAUUCUAUGAACUGGCAAAGUUGCUGCCCCUGCCUUCAGCAAUAACCUCUCAGCUGGACAAAGCUUCAAUCAUUAGGCUGACAACUAGUUAUUUAAAAAUGCGAGUAGUUUUUCCUGAAGGACUUGGUGAAGCAUGGGGCCAUUCUAGUCGAACCAGCCAUUUGGACAAUGUUGGCCGAGAACUUGGAUCUCAUCUUUUACAGACUCUAGAUGGCUUCAUCUUUGUUGUGGCUCCUGAUGGAAAGAUUAUGUACAUUUCUGAGACUGCAUCUGUUCACUUGGGUUUAUCACAGGUAGAGCUGACUGGAAACAGCAUUUAUGAGUACAUCCACCCGGCUGAUCAUGAUGAAAUGACAGCAGUUCUAACAGCUCAUCAGCCGUACCACUCUCAUUUUGUUCAGGAAUAUGAAAUAGAACGCUCAUUUUUCCUGAGAAUGAAGUGUGUUCUGGCCAAGAGAAAUGCGGGCUUGACUUGCGGUGGUUACAAGGUUAUUCAUUGUAGUGGCUACCUGAAAAUCCGUCAGUACAGUCUGGAUAUGUCCCCUUUUGAUGGUUGCUACCAGAAUGUGGGCUUAGUAGCAGUUGGACAUUCACUGCCACCUAGUGCAGUAACGGAAAUCAAACUCCAUAGCAACAUGUUCAUGUUUCGAGCCAGUCUUGAUAUGAAGCUCAUUUUUUUAGAUUCUAGGGUAGCUGAACUUACUGGAUACGAACCUCAGGAUUUGAUAGAAAAAACGCUCUAUCACCACGUGCAUGGAUGUGAUACAUUUCACUUGCGGUGUGCUCAUCAUCUGUUACUCGUGAAAGGUCAAGUGACGACAAAAUACUAUCGAUUCCUUGCCAAGCAUGGAGGAUGGGUUUGGGUUCAGAGUUAUGCUACAAUAGUUCAUAACAGUCGAUCUUCUAGACCGCACUGCAUUGUCAGCGUAAACUAUGUGCUCACUGAUAUGGAAUACAAAGGGCUGCAACUUUCACUGGAUCAAGUGACGGCAUCAAAGCCAGCAUUCUCCUACACCAAUUCUACACCUACCAUCACUGACACCAGGAAAGGCAACAAGUCUCGGCUGGCUCGCACCAAGUCCAAAUCAAGGGCAUCGCCUUACCCUCAGUUUUCUGGAUUUCAGACAGAGAGAUCUGAAUCUGACCAUGAAAGCCAGUGGGGUGGAAGCCCCUUGACGGACUCUACCUCACCACAGUUACUUGAUCAUGCAGAGGGCCCGCAGUCUCAGCACCAUGACUUAACCUGUGCCUAUAGACAAUAUUCUGAGAGAAGUUCGCUUUGUUACAGCUUUGCUCUUGACCACAGCCGGUUAACUGAAGAACGUCAUUUUCAUACCCAGGCCUGUGAAGGUGGGAGAUGUGAAGCUGGUCGAUAUUUCUUAGGCACACCACAAAUGGCAAAAGAGAGCUGGUGGAGUUCUCGCUCAUCACUGCCUUUACCAAAAUCAUCGCCUGAAAGCAGAGAAGCAUAUGAGAAUAGCAUGCCACAUAUAGCUUCUGUUCAUAGUAUUCAUGGCCGGGGACACUGGGAUGAAGAGAGUGUGGUCAGUUCACCAGAUCCUGGAUCUGCUAGUGAAUCAGGUGACAGAUACCGGAAUGAUCAAUAUCACAGCAGUCCACAUGAACCCAGCAAAAUUGAGACUUUAAUAAGAGCCACACAGCAAAUGAUUAAAGAAGAAGAAACAAGACUGCAGCUGAGAAAGGCUACCCCAGAUCACAUAACAUCCAUAAAUGGAGUUGGGAAAAAACAUUCCCUCUGUUUUGGGGCAAGUUACCAGCAGCCUCAACUAGCAGGAGUUGUCUGCCAUGGCUCAUCUGUGGCUAAUAUUUCACCAUGUGAACACCUUCAGCAGAGAGAUGGAAAAAUUAUGAGUCCACAAGAAAAUGAAUAUGACAAUAGCCCUACAGUACUGUCCAGGAUAAGUAGUCCAAAUUCUGACAGAAUUUCUAAAUCAAACCUAUUGCUGGCUAAAGACUACCUUCAUUCUGACAUAUCUCCCCACCAGACACUGGGGAAUCCAUCAGCCAUUUCUCCAAAUUAUUAUUCAGCACAUAAGCAAUAUUUUGACAAGCAUGCUUAUGCAUUGACUGGCUAUGCAUUUGAACAUCUGUAUGACAGUGAUGCAAUUAGGAACUAUUCCCUGGGCUGCAAUGGCACACAUUUUGAUAUGACAUCUCAUUUGAGAAUGCAACAAGACCCCACACAAGGACACAAGGGUACAUCUGUAAUAAUAACCAAUGGGAGCUGAUGUUUUCCAGCCUAGUGCUUACUAAAAGCUCAUGCAAAACAAUAAAAUACCCCUGUGCCAACAUGUUCUAUGGCUCUAAUGCACUGGAAAUAGUAAUUCAUGGUGCCCAAGAAGAAGUGUGUUAGUUCAGCACAGUGGAAUUCAGCUAAGUAUUAAGGGUUGAAGUAACUGACCCUGUUAACUUAA